CCAGCACCUCCUGCUCUUGUCUCUCCUGCUUGCUAAGAACUCACAGGCACAGGACUGCCUGGCCAUGGCCACUGCAUUCCUGCAAACUUCUUCUUCCACCUUCGGGGGUGGCUCUACCCGAGGGGGUUCCCUCCGGGCUGGGGGAGGUGGCUUUGGUGGGGGGAGUCUCUAUGGAGGAGGUGGGAGCCGAAGUAUAUCCGCUUCUUCUGCUAGGUUUGUUUCCUCGGGGGUGGGAGGGGGCUAUGGGGGUGGCAUGAGCUGUGGCUUCGGUGGGGGCACUGGCGGUGGUUUUGGUGGAGGCUUUGGAAGUGGUUUCGGUGGGGGUUUUGGUGGCGGCUUUGGUGACUUUGGUGGUGGCGAUGGAGGGCUCCUCUCCGGCAACGAGAAGAUUACCAUGCAGAACCUUAAUGACCGCCUCGCAUCUUAUCUGGACAAAGUGCGAGCCCUGGAGCAGGCCAACACUGAGCUGGAGGUGAAAAUUCGAGACUGGUAUCAGAAGCAGAGCCCAGCCAGUCCGGAACAAGACUACAGCCACUACUUUAAGACCAUGGAAGAGAUUCGGGACAAGAUCCUGGCUGCCACCAUUGACAACUCACGUGUCAUCCUGGAGAUUGACAAUGCCAGGCUGGCUGCAGAUGAUUUCAGGCUCAAGUAUGAGCAUGAGCUGUCCCUGCGACAGGCGGUGGAGGCUGAUAUCAACGGCCUGCGCAGGGUGCUGGAUGAGCUGACUCUGGCCAGGACUGAUCUGGAGAUGCAGAUUGAGAACUUGAAUGAGGAGCUGGCCUACCUGAAGAAGAAUCAUGAGGAGGAGAUGAAGGAGUUCAGUAGUCAGCUGGCUGGCCAGGUCAAUGUGGAGAUGGAUGCAGCACCUGGGGUGGACCUGACCCGCAUGCUGGCCGAGAUGAGGGAGCAGUAUGAGGCCAUUGCGGAGAAGAACCGUCGGGAUGCAGAGGCCUGGUUCUUUAGCAAGACUGAAGAGCUGAACAAGGAGGUGGCAUCCAAUACAGAAAUGAUCCAGAGCAGCAAGACGGAGAUCACAGACCUGAGACGCACCAUGCAGGGCCUGGAGAUUGAGCUGCAGUCCCAGCUUAGCAUGAAAGCCGGGCUGGAGAAUUCUCUGGCGGAGGUCGAGUGCCGCUAUGCCACACAACUGCAGCAGAUCCAAGGGCUCAUUAGUGGCCUGGAGACCCAGCUGAGUGAACUUCGCUGCGAGAUGGAGGCUCAGAACCAGGAGUACAAGAUGCUGCUGGACAUCAAGACACGGCUGGAGCAGGAGAUCGCCACCUACCGCAACCUGCUUGAGGGCCAGGAUGCUAAGAUGGCUGGCAUCGGCAUCAGAGAAGCCUCCCUUGGAGGUGGUGGCGGUGGUGCCAGCAGCAGUAGCAGCAGCAGCAGCAAUUUCCGCAUCAACGUGGAGGAGUCAGUAGAUGGAAAGGUGGUUUCCUCCCGCAAGAGAGAAAUCUAAGCUCCUGUUGCAGGAGAAAAGACCCUUGCCACCCCCGCCCUUCCCAGGCUGAGAGGGGUUGGAAAAGCAAAAUCCAGCCUGUGCCUCAGAGAGUGGCCUGCUGAAGAGAGUCCCUCUGUUUUCCCGUUUGGGGCUCUGCAUGUUCCCCCAUUCUCUGCUUCCAUGUGAACACAGAGACGCAAGAAGCAGCCUA